UGCGCGGGGCCGACUGCGCGCGCUCCCGUGGGCCGCCGGGUCCUGCCGCGCAUGCUCGGCGCCCACCGCUGGUCUGGGACCCCGCGCACCCGAGCGUCUGCAGUUCGGAGCUGCACCCCAGCCUGGGCAACCCGCGCCCGGCCAUGACGGCUCAUUCCUUCGCCCUCCCGGUCAUCAUCUUCACCACGUUCUGGGGGCUCAUCGGCAUCGCCGGGCCCUGGUUCGUGCCCAAAGGACCCAACCGCGGAGUGAUCAUCACCAUGCUGGUGGCCACCGCGGUCUGCUGUUACCUCUUCUGGCUCAUCACUAUCCUGGCUCAGCUGAACCCCCUUUUCGGGCCACAACUGAAGAAUGAGACCAUCUGGUACGUCCGCUUCCUGUGGGAGUGACCAAUGCUGCUUCGGCCCCAGGUGCCCCAGCUCCCUGGAUGACUUUGGCUGUCCUGUCCCCGACGACCCCUUUGUCCCCACCCUCACAGCUGUAUCUGGGUCCCUCCCUGGCUUCCUCCCCCAGGACCUGCCUGGUUCCAGCAGCUCCUGCCUUCUCCAUCUGGUUUGGGCCUCGUGAAGCCCGGAGCUGAAUCAGGCUGGAGCAGAAGAUACCAGCCCUCAGACUCCCCUGCUCCUCCUGAGGAGACCUCUGCAGGAGCUGACGGGGUGGGUCUUGCCUUUUACCAGUGAGGCAGCCUGUCCUGUAGAGAAGCGGUGUCCAGCCCAGGAUGCGCCAAGCCCAGGUCGGGCUGGACCAGGGAGAAAGCCCCAGAUGGGGAGUCCGCUGGUUCCCAUCAGCUCCGCCACUGUCCUGCUGUGUGACCCCAGGCAGCAUCUCUGCCUCCGGGGGCUUCCUUGUCUGUGACACGGAGAGACCCAAUCAGGGUGUUGCAAAGGCCUUUCCUGGAAUUCUUUAGUUUUCGGACACAGAUAGAUGUGAAAUUUCUUAAAAAGUUGAAAUAACGGAAAAAAACACUCACACGCAAAAAGCCACAUAGUGAUUUGGAUCAGGAUUGAAACCAAUAUGUUUAGGAUUCUUUAUAGUCCUAAAGUCACUUAAAUGGGCUUGCUACGAAAGCUGUAUCUCCUUAGAAUAUCCUCUCCCCCCUGCCUCCAUCCCUCCUCUGCAGGGAAGCUCCGUGCUGUCUGGAGGCUCUGUCUAAGCCCGGCCCCAGGCCUGGACUCCCUCACUGGACGGCAGGGGAGUGGGUUUCAGAGCCACCUCUCCCCAGUGGCAGCAACUAGGUCACCUGGAGUCAGAGAGGCUGAAGAGAGACAGGCGUGGGUGAGCUUUGGGUGCCCCUGUGGCCCUUUGGGCCCGUCCUGGCCCCUGAGGCCCGCACCAGACCUGUCCGCCCCGGAGCGGCCUGAGCUCUGCACUGGGAAGGGGAGGGUGGCGGAGCGCCAGCGAACGAGGUCUGGAAGGCAUAACAUGCAGGCAUCAGACCAGAGGGAACACAGGACCCCCACCUGUGCCCUCCUUCCAGGAGAUUUGCAGCUGAGAACUCAGGCAGCCCGCACCCCCCACCCCUGCCGCAUUGCCCCCUGGGGGAAGACGCCAAUCUUGAAUAUUUAUUGACUGUAUUUAUGUGAUGCACGUUCCGUUUAGUGGGCAUUAUCUUUGGAACAGUGGUCAGUUGUGAUGCGUCUCACAUAAAUCUCUUGGUUCUGGGCUUGGCCUGUUGCUCAGAACUCUGGCUGGGGCCUCCCUUUGACAUCCCACUGCACCCCCUUUCAGACUCCCUUCCUGUCCUGACCUCUGUGGGCCUCCUGGAGUGGGGGAUGUUGAGUCUGGGUGGUCCUGAGAAUCUAAUUGCGUCCAGUGGCUCAUGAAGGUGGCCAGGUCCUGGCUGAGGCUGAGUUUGCUGGCUGCCGUGCCCCUGUCCACCUGGUUCCCACGUGCUCAGUGGGUAGAUUGGGGGACACGGGGAUGGAGGCUUGGAGCUGCAGGUCUGGAUCGUGGACACUGAAAAUGGCAUUCUCCUGAGACCUGGAGGAGAGGGUACGGCCGUCCCGGCUUCUGCCCAGAAUCAGUCCUGGCAGAAGGAAGACACAGGAAUGUUCCAGCAGAACUCUGACCCCCACUCAUCUGUACCCCAGAUACAGAGCAUGCAGCCCCUGAGCCUGGGCAAUAAAGCAGGUCCCCAGA